CGGCGGCCAUUUUUGCGGGCAGAGACGGCCCGGGCGGGCGCUCGGGGAGCGGGGAGGGCUUGAGGCUGUGUGGCGGGCGGGCGGCCUCGGUCACCCGGUAAUCGCUUCUCUUCCCGGCGUCUUGUCCGUAUAGGGAGCAGAAUGUCCGCGGAAGUCCCCGAGGCAGCCUCAGCGGAGGAGCAGAAGGAAAUGGAAGACAAAGUGACUAGUCCAGAGAAAGCUGAAGAAGCAAAAUUAAAAGCAAGAUAUCCUCAUCUGGGACAAAAGCCUGGAGGUUCAGAUUUUUUAAGGAAACGAUUGCAGAAAGGGCAAAAAUAUUUUGAUUCUGGGGAUUACAACAUGGCUAAAGCAAAAAUGAAGAACAAGCAACUUCCUACUGCAGCUCCGGAUAAGACAGAGGUCACUGGUGACCACAUUCCCACUCCACAGGACCUUCCUCAACGGAAACCAUCUCUUGUUGCUAGCAAGCUGGCUGGCUGAUUACAAGCUGAACUGCAUGAAUCUUCUAAUUCCCAUUAUUUCUCCUUAAUAUGUUACUUCUCCACUUUUUAUUUCCUUUUACUCACUAAGUCAUUUGAGAGUUAUGGCUUUGCAGGUAGUGGUAGUGUGUGUGUAAGGGAAUAUACAUGUGUAGAGUUUUGAUUAGUUUAACAGUGCACUGAUGAAAAGAACAUGUUAGAGCAAUGUAAAGUAAUCUACUUGAAAAUAAUUGUAUAUAUUACCUAACUCCUAGUGUAGGACUGGUUCCAACAAGUAACAAGCAAGUUUUACAAUUUUAAUGUUUUGGCUUUCUUUAAUUCAUCUUAUUAUAGCUUUGUAUGUUACUCUUAUUUAAUGUAACCUCUAUUGUAUUGAUUUCUUCUGUAUUUUCCUUUUGGAUUUUGUAAAACAGAAGUUUAAGACCACAAGUUAGAAGAAAGGUCACAUAUUUCAAACACAAAUAGAUGGGGAUUCAAAAGAUCUGUAUCCUGUGCUUGAACUUGAAUGGCCUUAAAUCUGUUUCAGCUUUAACAAUAGAAUUUUACUUGGGCAAUAUUUGCCCAUUCUGGUGUAACUUAUGUGACUCUAGUGCUUAACAGCUGCUGUUGAAGCUAGUAUUCUUAUUCAGUUCUGUAGUGUUAGAAUACCUUUUGUUGUUGAAGAUGUGAAUGAAGUGUGCAUGUGCAUUGACUGUUGAAUCCACUUUUGUGCCAUUUUUGUAAAUACAGUAGUUUUGCACAACCUCUCA